GUAUGGUCAGAACUAAAUGCUAUGCAGAUAGCUACAAUUUCGUGUGUGACAAUGGCAAGUGCCUGGAUAACCGGUAUAUCUGUGACGGUGCUGACCAGUGCGGAGACGGCUCGGAUGAACGCAUGUGUGGCAGCUGUCCCGUGGGGUACUUCCGCUGUUACAAAGAUGACGCGUGUCUACCCCGGCGCCUGUACUGUGAUGCCAUUGUGGACUGUGGAGAUCCUAGAACAGAGAUUCCGGAGGACGAAAUGAACUGUGGUAUGCAGUUUGUCGCUUAUUUUAUACUCCAAGACAGAUUAUUAAAUUCUUAA